UGAUGACGUCUUCCCUAGCAACAAGCGAAUGCGUCUUAGCAACGAGGCGUUCAGACAGAAGCUCCCGCUGCAACCGCUCAUUUUAGCCGUUUAUUUUGGCCUGUAGAGUCUUUUAUCCGGUAGAUAUCAAGUUGACACGUUCGUGUUUAUAUUCCUGACGACAAACAAAACGUCUAAACAAACUCAACGCUCCGUCCUCCUGAUGGACGAGACAGUGAAACCUCUGAGGAUUCCUCCUGAGAUGUCCGUCUACGCUGACAAACAUCACGUCUCUCACCUGGUCCAGAGCCUGGUGUCCAGCCUGGUGAUGGAGCAGCCGGACGAUCCCAUCUGCUUCCUGAUCAGCCUGCUGCAGCGCACCAGCCUGGACAUUCCUAGAGUGAUGCUGCUCGGUCCGGCUGCUGUCACCAGAGGAACCGUGGCCCAGCGGCUGAGUUCUGAGCUCAGAGCCGUUCAUGUCACCGCUGAGACUUUACUCCAGGACCAAUCUGAGCUCAGCCAACACACUGAACAGGGUCUUGGCGAUGAGCUGCUGGUCAAACUGGUCCAACAGAGACUGAAAGAGAUCGACUGCUUCAACAGGGGCUGGGUGUUGGAUGGAAUCCCUCAGACUCGUCUUCAGGCUCUGACCCUGCAGCAGCUCGGUGUCGUCCCUGAACACGUUGUGAUCCUUGUGGGGGGGCAGCAGCAGCAGCAGCACAGAGAGUUGGAGGGUCUGAGUUCGGCCUUUCAACACGUCCUGAAGAUCAUCAGCAGUGACCAACCAGACGCUGACGUCUACCAGCAAGUGUUGGCGUUCGUCAGGUCUCGCUGUUACUCCAGAACUCCUAGAAUCCUCCUGCUGGGUCCACCAGGGUCUGGGAAGAGUCACCAGGCCCGACUACUCUCAGAGAAAUUCAAGAUGGUGGACGUGUGUUGUGCUCAGCUGUUGAGGUCAGUAGCAGCUGACGCUUCCAGUCUGGGAGAAGAGAUCCACCCGUACCUGGAUACCGGGCGCCCAGUUCCAGACUCUCUGGUGCUCCAGGUUCUAGAGGAGCGUCUGAGUCGAGUGGACUGCAGCCUCAGAGGGUGGAUCCUCCACGGUUUCCCUGGAGACCUGCAGCAGGCCAAGACCCUCCUGGAGUCCCCCCACCAGCCCAACAGAGUUUUCUUCCUGGAGUUGUCAGAUGACGUUUGUCUGGAGAGAAUCAGUCAGAGAGCAACAGAUCCAGCCAGUGGACAGAGCUUCUCCGCUGUGACCCGGGCCACUCUGAGCUCUGAGGUCCAGACCCGGCUGAAGACCAGACCAGAGGACAGACCACAGUCUGUGACACAGCGUCUGAACCAGUACCGGAUCCACGUGGCUGCCCUGCAGUCUGUGUUUCCAGACUCUGUUCAUGUUGACGCCAACCAGGAUCCUCACUCUGUGUUUGAGACUCUGGAGAGUAAACUGAACUCUGAGUAACACCUGGACUCAUCUGGAUUCACCUAGACUCAGUAGACUCACCUGGACUCACCUGGACUCACCUGGACUCAUCUGGACUCACCUGGACUCAGUAGACUCACCUGGACUCACCUGGACUCACCUGGACUCAUCUGGACUCACCUGGACUCAGUAGACUCAUCUGGACUCACCUGGACUCACCUGGAUUCAGUAGAUUCACCUGGACUGACCUGGAUUCAGUAGACUCACCUGGACUCACCUGGACUCACCUAGACUCACCUGGACUCACCUGGACUCAUCUGGACUCACCUGGACUCACCUGGACUCAGUAGACUCACCUGGACUCACCUGGACUCACCUGGAUUCAGUAGACUCACCUGGACUCACCUGGACUCACCUAGACUCACCUGGACUCAUCUGGACUCACCUAGACUCACCUGGACUCACCUGGACUCAGUAGACCGGUCCUCGCUGUCCAGUCCUGGUUCUGUAAAUAAAAACUAAAUCAAA